GUGCAGUAAUAUAAAAGCGGCAAGAUCUGUCAGAGUUCACAUUACAGUGCUCAGCUGAGUUCAGCUACACUGAUGUGAUUAUCGAGCGGAGAAGUUGAAUUCCGAAAGAAAGCCAAGAUGAGGACCGCAACGGUUCUGCUUUUAGCUGCAAUUACCUUACUCUGCUUUGCGCAGUAUAGAGCCAGCAUUAUACCCUUGACCAGUGGUGUGCAUCAAUUGCCAUAUUUGAUAACUGUGCCUAGUGUAGUGACCAUUGUUAGAGCACCAGAAGACGAUGGACAAUAUAAGCCUGUGCCCGGUCUGGAGGGCGAAUAUGUGCCCGGCGGUGAAGAUGAAGGUAUAGCGAAUAGUAUAAACGGGGCUGAUGGAGCUGGUGCUGGGGAUGGAGUAGGUGCCGGUGCUGGGGAUGAAGAUGGCGCUGGUGCCGAUGUUGGAGCUGUGGCAGCUUCAACCGGUAGUUCUGCUAGUGAUGCAAAUGGAAGUGCCGCAGGCUCCGAAACUGGUGGUAGUAGCGAAGGUAAUGGAUCGGCUGAUGGUGCUGCUAAUGCAGCUGGAAGUGAUGGCUCUAGUAAUGGUAACGGUGACUCCGGAGAUGCUAGUGAAAAUGGCGGUUCUGGUGGUGACAAUGCCAAUGGCGGUUCAAGUGCUGAUAAUGGUGGUGGUGCCGGCAGUGCUGGUGGCGAGGGAGGAAGUGGUGGCGCUGUAGGUGCUGGAGGUAAUGCAGGAGGUGGUGGCGGUGGUGGAGCUGGUAGUGCGAAUGGAGCUGGUGGAAUUGGCGGUAGCGGUGGUGCAAGCAGUAGUAGCGGUGCCGCUGGUGGUGGUGGAGCUGGUGGUGGUGGUGCGUCUAGCGUUGGAGCUGGAGGUGGUGGUGGCGGUGGUGGAGCCAGUGGCACCGCAGGAGCAGGAGGUGGCGGUGGUGCCGGUGGCGCAGGAGCUGGUGGCAGCGGUGGUGCAGGAGGAUCCGGCGGUACUGGAGGGAGUGGAGGUGGCGGUGGUGGCGCUGGAGGUGGUGGUGGAGGAGGAGCAGGUACUGGUGCUGCUGGUGGCGGUGGUGGAGGAGGUGCUGGUGCUGCUGGUGGUGGUGGCGGCGGUGGUGGAGCUGGUGCUGCUGGUGGUGCUACUCGUAGCGAUGGUAGUGCCGGCAUUACAGGCGCAAACGGUGCGGAUGCCUGGGGUGGUGGCGCAGGUGGGGCUGGUGGUGCAGGUGCUCCCGCUUUACCUUGGAUAUAUGUAUAAAUUAGAGAAUCAUAUAAAGAACACUAAAGCUCUAUAAAAUUACUCGAAGCAAUGGAAAUGUGAUUGUAAUUAUAUACAUAUAUACAUAUAUA